UCGGCGGUGUAUCCAAAGCGUACGGUUAUUGGUCCUCUCUCCUCACCUCCGCGUGCCGGAGCGGCUCGCCAUUCCAUCGCUGCCUCCUCCUCCUCCUCAAAUGCCGUGGAUCUAGACUUCGUAGCACUCGUCAAUCUCAACCUCUGCGAUCUCGCCGCCGAUCCUGCUGUCGCUGGCGACCACCGCCUCAUCUUGCUGCUGUCGCUGUCUGUUUUUUUUUUUUUUGAAUAUUCUCUUUAGAAGUUUUUUUAGUGUUUUCCGGGAGAAAAGAAGGGAUCUUGUUGGGUUGUAGUUUCGGAAGCUAUUUUCUUUUGACGAUCUUCCGUCUUCUUGAGGGGGAUUCAAUGGAAUUCCUUAAAGCGAGAAGAUUUUCCAUUCCUCGCUUUGGUAAGCUCACGGGGAGAGAAGAUCCGGAUCACGAGUGUGAUCGGUCGUCGGAGUCAAAAGAAGAGACGUUGGACGCAAUGCCGAAGCUUACCUCUGCCGCUGGUCCUGCUUGGGACGGGGACGAGGGUGAGGACGACGAUGAUUUCAUCACGAAUGAGGUGAAGCGGCGGCUGGAGCAGCUGAGGAAGAACAGCUUCUUGGUUCUUAUACCGGAAGAAGAGUGCCCGGAGGAAGAGGAAGAAGAGGAGGAGAGUAGCUCGAGUGGGUGGAGGGAGUCGGACAUGGGUGAUGCUUAUCCAAACUAUGGGUUUGAUAAAAUGCACGAUGAGUACACUCAAAGGAUGCUGUUCUUCGACAAAUGCAUCACCGAACAUCUCAAAGAAGCUGAAUCUUUGGGCAUGCCAAACCAGUCUCGAAGACCUACGUCAAAGGAAAUAGCUUUGGGCCUCCGCAACAUCUCCUUAAAGAGGCAAGAUGAACAUAGAAAGGAAUGUGAGUACCUGCAGCAACUGGAUCAAGACGAUCCGUGCCAAAAUUUAGAAGCUGCCUAUGUUGCUCAAGUCUCUUUAAGUUGGGAAGCACUUCAUUGUCAGUACUUGCAACUCAACCAGAGGAUAUUGAUGCAGUCUGAGCAUUUUGGCUCCUAUGGCUAUGCAGCACAAGCAUUUCAGCAGUUCCAGGUAUUAUUGCAGAGAUUUGUUGAGAAUGAGCCUUUCGACCAAGGAUCCAGGGUGGAUAUUUAUGCCAACUCUCGGAGUCUGCAAUCUAAGUUUCUUCAAGUCCCAAAUUUCCUAGGUUUGGAAAAGAAAGAAAAUGUGGAUGAUUAUUUGGAUGAGCCAGUUCUGGCUACCGAACUCAUUAAGAUAAUUGGGGAUUCAAUCUUAACAUUCCUCCACUUCCUGAAUAUAGACAAGAAAAAAACUAGUAGUUUCUUUUGGGCUCAUAGCCCUCGAGGCUCCCUUCAACAAGUUCGAGCCUCACUUGAAAAGUUGCUGAUCAAGUAGAGGCUCUCCAUGAUGCAUUCUGAGUUUGCCAGCUCCAAGUAUAUUAGUAGAGUUUUUUCCCCAACAAAUCAAGUCGUAGAACAUGAAUUGCCUUCCACAUCUACAAUUUGCAUGUGUGAUAGCAUAUGCUAUAUGCUAUGUCACCAUGGUUUAUUUUAAUUCUCAAGUUACAUGUAUGCCAUUCUUCGCAAACUAAAACUCUCUUUUGGCUUUUUGGCAUAUUUUUGUAUUUGUAUGCCACCAUAUUUAGUUAUGGUAGAUUAAGAAGCUGGGAUCUCCAAACAUCCAUCUAAUCUCAUGUAUCCUUCUCGAUUGAGCUGCAUACAGUAAUUUGGUAAACGACUCCUGUCAAUGCAGAAGGAGAUGAAAGUAAAGGAGCUGUUUAAAAGGAAGGGAGCAUGGAAGAAGAAAGCUUGGCCCUCGAGCAAGGAACAAGUGGAGUUGCUAUUCGCGCUAAUAGACAUCAAAGUCAUAUCAAGGGUUCUCAGGAUGGUGCAUCUCAGCAAGGAGCAGCUGUUAUGGUGCGAAGAAAAGAUGAGCAAGCUUGUUCUUUCAGACAAUAAAUUAUGCAGAGAUGUUUCUCCACUCCUCUUUCCAUGUUGACUGAUGAACACUUAGAUUUUCUUUUCUUCUCUGGAUCUCUGUUGAGAGUAUGAACUAUCGCUACCUGACCUUUACUAUGUACAGGUAGACGAUGUCUACUACUGAAGUAGCAUCUCUCUCAAUUGUCGAUAUUGUAUGAGAUGCUCAUUCCUCUGUACUUGCUUACCAAGUUUAAGAGAUUGUAGGUACCACAUGCUAUUCUAAGUGGUUGAUUGGCAGCUCAAAUCUAGUUCAAAUGUUUUGAUA